AUGGCGAACGCACUGAGCAACCAGAUGUUCGACAAAGAACUGGAGGCGAGUCCGCUUAUACUGAUUUUUUCCGGAUUCGAUCAUGCACCCGUCAUCCUUAAGACCUUCCCAACCCAGUGGAUUCCCAAGGAGUUGCCCCAGUGGUGCUUUCGUUUUAACAGCUGCGACCCUGUGUGGGAUGCGAGCACAGAGCUGCGAUUGACAGAGAGCGACUUGUUGGACUUCAAGGUCAGCGACCACGAUGCCAUUGGGAAGGCAGAUUUGCUGGGCCGGGUGACGGUGCCCGUGGCGAAAGUCUGGCACGGCUUUGAGGAUGAGGUGAAGUUGUUGGAGGCCGGGAAGGAAGAGGCUUUCCUGAAGCUCAAAGUGGAGCAGCCCACGCCGGCCGCUGCCGCGCCCAGAGCAGCGCCCGAGCUGCGUGCAGAAGCGCCGCCCCUGAAGCGCUUGGAGCUUAGGGCUCGGUCGCAUGCCCAGAACGUGCGGCGUCAGUCCAUCGAGAGUGGGCUUACCAUACGUGAGGUGCGCCAGCUCUCGGUGUCCGAACUGGAACGUUGGCUGGAGGAGGAGCGCUUGCGCCGCCAGCGGCGGCAGACGCAACGGGAGCGAGAGCGAUCCGUGUCGCGUGGACCGCGGAUCGAAGAAGAGGAAGGCCAUUGGUGGCAGCCAGGCGAAAGCCGAGAAUGCCCCAAAUGCGGCAGCGACCAGCCAGAACUGUCGAAGUUCUGCGGCGAAUGCGGUGCUCCCUGGAACUGGACCGCGGGUCCGGGCGCGGAGGCGGUGCCGAAGGCGGAUGGAGUGACCUCGGUGUCAUCACCGGCCGCGCCGUUGUUGGCAGACGAAUUAACAGUCGAGACGCCUGAGGAGCUGCCGGAGGAGCCGCUGGCCACCUGGGCUGAUAGCUUGGACAGCCCGGGUCCUCCGCGCUACGAGGCGAGUCCUGCAGCUGCGGCAGAGGUGUGGACGAAUCGAGAUGGCACAGCAGAACUCCGGCCGCUUCAUGAAGCUGAUGAACCGGACCAGCGCAUGCUCAAACUCCUCGAAGGCCCCUAUGCCUACCUUCCAAAGACUGCCCAGCCACGAAUGGAUCCCUGGCAAUCUCGAGUUGCCAGCUAUGGGGUGGACCCAAGUGCUUCAGGUGAAAAGCACUCCUGGUGGCACACUGCAAGCGAAGGCGCUGUCAGCGGUGCUUGGUCCACCUCCACGGCCUCCAUGGCGAAGCGCUCGGCGACGCACUUUGGCCUCGAGGUCUUUCAGCGGUUCUUGCAAGUGGAGCAGGAGCCGAGACUGCAGUGGCUGGCGGAUGAGAUGAUGCACGCUGAGCUGCCGGAGAGCCACCUGAUCGAAAGGCACCUACCCCAUCGAUCCACUCUCGGUGGAGGGUCGCAGCCUGGACCGCCACAGCCGUUGCCCAACACCUGCGCCGCCUGUGGCCUUCGUGAGGAUCUCCCACGCCACAGGCUGCCUGGAUGA